UAGGCUACAACAACAUGGCCGUCAGCCCCGUGCAUUGAGGCCAUCCAGAAGAAUCAGUUAAUAUUCAGAUUGUAAUAACUGUAUGGUGACUUUUUUGAGCUAUAAGGAAGAAGAUUGCUUUCUACACUAUUUAUUUAUCGAAGGAGAAUGAGCGCUAUAAAAUCACAGAGCCGUUUAUUCCAUUGAGCGCUUGCUUACUGAUCAGAACCACCGCUAGAGGGAAACCAAGAGAAAGCGCAUUCCACGAUCAACCGAGUGAUUGGGCAAUCUUCACAGUGACAAGAGAGACGUUAUUCCUGCGUAGAGCUAAAACAACCACCAGAGGGCGGCCGUUUUCAGAAGUAACAACAGGAAGUCUCAGAGCAGGCUUUGGCAGCGGCCAUUUUGUUGUAGCCCGGAAGAAGCGUUAUGAGGGUUAUUUUUCAACAGCAAUCCUCCUGGAGGGGGUGUUAUCAUGAAGAUUGUGUGCCCAGUGAAGAGCAGUUACAAGUUCAUAAACUACUGAAAAUAGUCAGGACACAAGGACGUCAUGAUGGAGAAGCGGCCGCCCCUCACAUCUCCGGAUGGAUCCAGUAAGAGAAAUCCCCCAGAGAGAUGUCCCCGUCCUCUGUAUUCCCGGGACUCCACACAGGAACAUCAGGAGAUCCUUCAGGAGGAUCAGUGGAAACGUCUGAAUAAGAUUAAAGCUGAAGUGAAAGAAGAAGCUGAAGAGCAAUUUGUGACGGGUGAUGAUCCAUAUAAGGAGGAAGACAUUCCUCUACAGAUCAGCACAGACCCCAGAGUGAGUAAUGCCAAAAUCGAGGAGGAGAAAGAACGUGUGAGGAUAAAAGAGGCAGAUUUUCCUAGAGAAAUUGGCAUAGAUGGCCAACUUGGAACAUAUAAUAUAGUAAAGCUUCCCCUUCUCUCAACAAAUGGUGAAAAAGAUGAGGAUAUCACAUCCAACUCUUCAGAAGAAAACCCCAUUACCCAAAACCUCCAUCCAACAUCUGGCCCUACAGAUCUGUUAUCUACAAUUAGUGAGUCUUCUGUCACUUUUACUAACGGCAAUCAAACGGCUCAUAGAGAGGAGGAAACGUUUCCUUGUUCUGACUGCGGCAAAUGCUUUCAUCAGAGAACUCAUCUUGCUUCACACCAGAGGUCUCAUGCAGGGAAGAAGUCCCACUCUUGUUCUGAGUGUGGGACAUGUUUUUCCUCCAGAAAAGUUCUUGCUGACCAUCAGAGAACUCACAGCGGAAUGAAGCAAUUUUCGUGUUCCGAAUGUGGGAAAACGUUUACUUCGAAGUGGUCUCUUAUGAGACAUCAAAGAGUUCACACGGGAGAGAAGCCGUAUUCAUGUUUGGAAUGUGGGAAGCGUUUUUCCCUGAUGGACCAUCUUAUUAAUCACGAGAGAACGCACACCGGCGAGAAGCCGUUUUCAUGUCCUGAAUGUGGGAAACGCUUUACACAAAAAUCCGGCGCACUAAGGCACCUGAGAAAUCACACUGGACUAAAGCCGUUUUCAUGUUCUGAAUGUGGGAAGUGUUUUCCCAGGAAAGGAACCCUAAUCACACAUCAGCAUGUGCAUUCUGUAGAGAAGCCAUAUUCUUGUUCAGAGUGCGGGAAAUGUUUCCCCACCUCGUCUCAUCUGAUCCAUCACGAAAAGACUCACGUGUCUGAAAAGCCGUUUUCCUGUUCUGAAUGUGGGAAGUCCUAUGUUCAGAGAGGGCAUCUUACUUUGCACCUAAGAUCUCACACGGGGGAAAAGCCGUUUUCAUGCCCUGAGUGCGGGAAAUGUUUUGCCCAGAAAGACAGCCUUUCUAAACACCAGAGAUGUCACACAGGAGAGAGGCCGUAUUCCUGCGCCGAAUGUGGGAAAUAUUUUUCCAGCAAACAAAGUCUUACAUUUCACCAGUCGGCUCACACAGGGGUGAAGCCAUUUUCAUGUUCAGAAUGUGGGGGAUGUUUUUCCCGGAAGGGAGCCCUGAUAAGGCAUCAACGUGUGCACACGGGAGAGAAGCCAUAUUCAUGUUCAAAGUGCGGGAAAUGUUUUGUGACCAGAGCUCAUCUUAUCUAUCAUGAGAAGUCUCACAUGUCUGAAAAGCCAUUUUCCUGUUCUGAAUGUGGAAAGUCCUUCACUCAGAGAGGGAGUCUGAUUUCACACCAGAGAUGUCACACGGGGGAAAAGCCGUUUUCAUGCUCCGAAUGUGGGAAAUGUUUUCCUCACAAAGACACUCUUAUAAAACACCAGAGAUGUCAUACGGGGGAAAAGCCCUUUUCAUGCCAGGAAUGCGGAAAAUGUUUCCCUCAGAAGAAUUAUCUUAUUAGACACCAGAGAAGUCACACGGGAGAAAAGCCAUUUUCCUGCACUGAAUGUGGGAGAUGUUUUUCCACCAUACAAAAUCUUAUUUCACACAAGAGAACUCACACUGGAGUGAAGCCAUAUGCUUGUUCAGAAUGUGGGAGAUGUUUUUCCUGGAAAAAAGCUCUGAUCAGGCAUCAGCGUUUGCACUUGGGAGAGCGUUUCCAGAUCUCAUCUUCUCUAUCACAAGAAGGCUCACAUGACUUUUCAUCAACCUACUUUAUAGAAACACCAAAAGUUGAAGGACUGGACUGAGUUGAUGCUGAGCUGGUCACCUUUCUUAUCAUCAACUUGCCAAAAUGUAAUAAAGACUUUGAUUAUGUUG